UUGCUCGUCGGGGUUUUUUUUUCUUACGGUUACGCAAAAAUUUGGUUAAUUUAAUUUUCUUUUCUGACAAUUUGUUUUUGAAAUUAUGACAAAUGCAACACAUUGUCCAAUUUGCCGAACACCGGCAACACUUAAAUGUGCCGGUUGUAAAAGUGUAGUUUAUUGUGGCAAAGAACAUCAGAAAAUUCAUUGGAAAAAAGGUCACAAGGCCGAAUGUAAAUGCUAUGAGGUAGCAACAAACGAAGUUCUUGGCCGACAUUUGGUAGCAACACGUGACAUCAAACGUGGUGAAAUAAUCCUUCGUGAACAACCAUUCAUUUAUGGUCCCAAAGUUGCAUGUCAUCCAUUGUGUCUUGGUUGCCAUCGACAACUUUCAGCUCCACCACCAGGAGAGAAAAACUUUUACAAAUGCAGUAAAUGUUCAUGGCCAUUAUGUGGAAAAGAUUGCGAAAAAUCUCCCCAUCACAUCGAAGAAUGUCAGCUAAUGGCUGAAAAGAAAUUCGGUUGUAAAAUUGACUACAGUAAGGAACCGAAAAAAGAAUCAGCUUAUUGUGUAAUCUUGCCUUUGAGGUGUAUUUUAAUGAAAAUGAAAAAACCUGAUGCUUACAAACGUCUUAUGGAGUUGGAAGACCAUCUUACUGAACGUCUUGAAACACCUUAUUAUAACGUUCUCAAGGCUAAUUUAGUAACUUUUGUCAAGACAAUUCUUGGCUUUAAAGAGUUAGAUGAAAAUGAAAUUCUUCGUAUUGCUGCAACUUUGGAUACAAAUGCUUUUGAAAUUCGUCAACCUUCAAGGCAGGUUAAAGUUCGUGGACUUUAUCCAAAAGCUGCUAUGAUAUCUCAUGAUUGUAUUUCGAAUGCUCGUCAUGCUUUCGAUGAUAAUAUGCAAAUUAUGUUUUUGGCUAAAACAACGAUUAAAAAGGGAGAAAUCAUUGCAACUUCAUAUACACAACCUUUGAAGAGUACCAUUUUGAGAAGGCUUCAUCUGAGACAAGCCAAGUGUUUCGAUUGUUCUUGUCGAAGAUGUGUAGACCCAUGGGAGAUGGAUACUUUUGCUGGAGCAAUUUUAUGCUCAAAAUGUAAAGUUGGAAAGAUUGUUUCUACAGAUCCUUUGGAUAAUGAUGCUGUUUGGAGAUGUUUGCUUUGUCCUCACGAAAUCACAGCUAAGCAAAUAAUUUGGGGAAAUAAUGCCAUGUUGAAGGAAAUUGAAUCGUUGGAUAAAAAUUCUCCAAAACCAUUCGAAGAGUUCAUUUAUCGCUAUCGGGAGACUUUACAUGACAAAAAUACGCAUGUUUUGCAGGUUAAGUAUGCCUUAACCCAACUUUAUGGAAAUGUCCCAGGAUUUUACUUGAGUGAACUGUGUGAUGCAGCUGUUAAAAGAAAAUUAGAACUUUGUCAGGAGCUUUUAGAAAUUGCUGAUAUAUUUGAUCCUGGAUGGAGUAUUUUCCGUGGAAAUUUAUUACUUGAUUUGCAAGAAGUUAUGGUUAUUCAAGCUAAGAGGGAUUAUGCUAAAGAUUUGCUAACAAUUACUGCAACACAGGAAAAACUACAAGAAGCUAUGGAUAUGUUGAAAGAAGCUGUUGAAAUAUUGAAAUUUGAACCGGAAAUGAAAGAACUUUUACAAAAGAAAACCGAAGCUUUGAGUAGAGAUCUGGAAAUGGAUUAAAGAAGUCAAAAACAAUGGACAAAGAUGCUAUUAAAUUAAGUUAAUUGCUAUCUCUU